AUGGCUUUAUUUGGUGACAUUGACACGCUGCUAGCAACUGUAAUUGAUGGUAGAACCGACAACAUUAGAUAUCGACAAAACCAACUUCAGAGUCUACAUAAAGCCCUGAGAAACAACGCCGAGAAGAUCUCUUCAGCAAUAACGGAAGAUAUCUGCGGAGAUACCCAAGGGACAAAUACCGAAGCCCAAUGCGAAUUCUAUCUCGUCUCCGAUGUUAUUCGGAGGCUCUACCGAACUCUCAACUUCGAGUCAUCAUUAAAUGAUGAAUACAACAUUGCGAGAGGCACAGAUUUAUUGUCACGUAGAGUUGGAAAGGGAUCGGUGGUGAUUCGGCCAUCGACGCAUACAAGAUUUUAUUCAAUCAUAUGUCCGAUAGCAACAGCUAUAACGGCUGGAAAUUGCGUUUGUUUAGAGCUCGGAGAAACAACGUCAAAAGUCGACGGUAUCCUGAAAGAGCUACUAUCACAAGCUUUAGAUAAUGACACAUUCUACGUCUCACCCACGGUACUGCAAGACUCUAUCCUUGCAUCGGCAUUAUUAGUCGACCAAACGAGCAACUCUCCAACCGCAAAUAUCAAUCAACUGAUAUCGAAUUCUUCGGCUCGAACAGUCGCGGUUGUUGAUCGGACAGCAGAUAUUGAAAAUGCUGCAAAGUCUAUCGUCACUGCUCGGUUUUCUUUUCAAGGAACUUCACCAUAUAGUCCCGAUUUAGUCAUCGUCAAUGACUUUAUCAAGAGUGACUUUACGGAAGCUUGCACAAAAUAUGCAAGCAAAUUCUUUUCUUCAAAUAGGAAGAGCAGUACAAAGCAGAACGAUGGCAUUUCUGCUACCAAAAAGGCAUUCAAAGAUGCCGAGAGUAAAAAGCAAAUCUCAACUUUUGGAUCCAGCAAUUUCGUUCUUGCAGACGUUCUGGACAGGACAUCAAUCAUCAUCGAGAUGAAGAUUAGUGGCUGUUAUCUACCAAUAAUGUCAAGUACGAGCUUGGUAGAUGCCAUCAUGACUCAAAAAUCAAAAUCCCCAUUACUUGCCGUCUAUCUCUUCUCAAAUCCAUCAACCGCAAAAUUUCUCGCUCAACAAUUUCACGCCAGUAUCAGCUACGUAAACCAAAUUCCGCUUCAUCUCCUCGUGGGACCCGCCGCUCCCUUAACACCCCUUCCAACUCCCGCGUUCCACAAAUAUAGCGUGGAGAUGUUUUCAUCUGUGUGCCCGCAAUAUAUUCUUCCUCCAUCGGAAGAUCUCUUAAUUCUUGAUGAAUUUGUUGGUGGAAGGGAGUCUAUUAGUAAAGAGGCGCUUCUUAAGAAAAUGCAAAGAGUAGCGACGAAGAAGCUACCGGAAACGGGACAGGGUCUUGGACAUGCGAUUGGGUUUUUUGAGCAGGGGAUUUGGUUGGGGGCUGCUUUGUUUUUGUCGGUUGUUAUUCCGGCUUUGGGGUAUGCUUCGUGGGUUGGGGGUAGGUUGGCUUGGGGUGUGAUUGGGAAGUUGAGGGCGGGUAGCGUUUGA